UCUAGGACAUCUGUCACCUGUCUUCUGCCCAGGGGCAUUGCCCCAUCACUACCCUGCUAGUUUUCGAGGCAGCGUGAAGCUGGGGCCUGCUCCUCAGAGACUUCUGGGCAUAUUAAGGACCUUUCAAGCCCUAUGUCGCUGGCCUUCCCAAAUCCAAGACAUGGCAGAUGGGGCGCAGGCCAACCCCAAAGGGUUCAGGAAGAAGGUGCUGGUUAAACACCCUGCUAGAUGGAAGAGUCCAGGCCUCGGGACCUCUUCUCCUUCCAGAACCUCCAGGUCCAGCCUGAGUAUGAAGAAAUUCUUUGCCAUCGCAGUCCUGGCCGGCAGUGUUGUGUCCACUGCGCACAGCAGCCUGCUGAACCUCAAGUUCAUGGUGGAAGCCAUCACACACAAGAACGCCAUCCUGUACUUUGUGGGCUACGGCUGCUACUGCGGGCUGGGGGGGCGCGGCAAGCCCAUGGAUGAGGUAGACUGGUGCUGUCACGCCCAUGACUGCUGCUAUCAGAAGGUCUUCGACCAGGGCUGCCGCCCUUAUGUGGACCACUAUGACCACAGGAUAGAGAAUGACACUGUGAUUGUCUGCAGUGAACUCAACGAGACAGAGUGUGACAAGCAGACGUGCGAGUGUGACAAGAACUUGACUCUGUGCCUCAAGGACCAGCCGUACCGAGACAAGUACCGAGGCUACCUCAAUGUCUACUGCCAGGGUCCCACACCCAACUGCAGCAUCUAUGACCCAUACCCGGAGGAAGUCACCUGUGGACAUGGCUUCCCAGCAACUCCUGUCUCAACCUAGCCUGCCUGAGGUCUGAGAGAAAAGAGGGUGGACAGUCAGGCUGGGGUCUACAUCUGAUGUGUGGGGUCAGAUAAGGCCCAGAGCUGUCUUGUGGCUCCCUCCCAGUCCCGUAGUGAGCUCACUACCAGAAAGGCCAGAGCUUGACUGUGGCCAUCACUAUUAGCCUCACACUCAGCAGUUGGGUCAGGUCUUAGCAGGAAACACAUGCUCGCUUGGGUCUCUCCUGAAUAUGGAAGGAAUGGAUGUGGCCCCAGCUCAACUCCCAGGGCCUUAGAGUCCAGCACAGGCCUGGAACUACACUCAAGCAGGCAGAGCACUAGGUUGAGGCCUGGGUUCUGGGGGGCCCUGGAGUCCCACAAGAUGACUUAAGGAGUCAUCUCUCCUUUGA